AUGUUCUUUUCGUGCUGUAUCAAAAGAAAGAACUUUUUGAAGAGCAGCAGAGUGCAGAUCCACCAUCACUGCCGGAGCAGCAUGCUCUUCUUCCUUCUUGGAGCUCCAGGAGAGAAGUAUAUAACAACUGGUCAUUCUUUCCGUAUGGGGAGGUUUGAACCAUGUCGUUCAAAUCGAGUACUGGGAGGAGAAGAAGAAGGAAAGAAUCGUUUCAGCACUGGUAGUAGUAGUGGUUGGUAUUGGAAUGGUAAUUGUACUCUCGGAAACCAUCCACCACCUCCUCAACAACGAGACUAUCAUACUCAACCUUUCCAUCAUCAUGAUGGUUCAACACAUGAUGAUUUAGCACAGACCAGAUUGGGCAGUCGUGGUAAACGUUCUACUCGUUAUGAAUACAGAAAAACGGUGGUCCGAUAUGCUCUCAUGCUUUCUCUGACACUUCCGAUGCUUCUCAUGCUUGGCUCUAAAUAUUUAUUAAUUCAUUUAACGAAGGAUGAUGUGCAGGUAUGGAAUUCCAUUUGGAAGCCUGUUGAAACGAUUGAUGAAUUAUUUCAUGGACGAGAGGAGAAGAAUUUAGAGUAUGAAAAUGAUACAUCAUCCAAGGACCCAGAUCAGGAAGAAGUGGUUGGGACUCAAAAAGCAAUUUAUGACUCGGAAAGCUCUAUGAAAACCUUCUUGGUGGAUCAUAAUAUUUAUGAAUUUACUUCGGAGAAUAUUCGUAACAAAAUACUUGACAUUAUAUCAGAAUCAAUAGAAAAAGUCAAACAGUCACAAUGUGAUUUAUUUGAAAUUGAAGAAGAUAUGGAGACUGUGAAACGUAAUAUUAAAAUCAUAGCUAUUGAUAAGAGACAGACUCGAUCAUUAUUGGUGAAAAUAAGAGAAAUGAUUGGAUCCAACGAAUUCAAAAAAGAAUUCAAAUUAUUUAACACAAAGGGAAUUUUAUUUAUCCAUGCACCUGUAAUGACGAAUAAGGGAGUAGUUUUCAUACGAACUUGUGUGCUCGUGUCAAAUAUGAAGGAUAUGAACAUGUGUCCAUACAGAGUUGAUAUGUGUCAACUUGAGGUUCAGCAUUACCAAAGCACACCAAAAGAUAAAACUCCAACCAGAGUUGCGUUUAAGGGAUUUAGAGAUGAAGAAGACGAUACUUCAGUUUUACCAAUUUCAUAUGAGCAACUAGCAGCGCUUUUUGAACAGUAUCAGGUUGUCAAGUGUGCAAAAAUUCCAACACCUAAUCAUGUUAUUGAAAUUGUCACUAAUCAAAAGCCAGUGUUCACCAAUGCUUUUGGAUACGAGUUUAGUGAUUCAUAUGAAACUGGAAAUCAAUUGAAAUUGGUGAGGGUUCAAUAA